AUGAGUCGUCUGGAAUGCCUUGUGCUGCUAGGAAUGCUGUCUUCACAUACAUGGGCCUUGAGCCCGGUUCCUCGUUACUCGUGCAACAGCAGCCAGCUUCCGGACAACCUUGUCGCGGAGAUCCGUGCAUAUGCCCCGGUCGUCAAUGCCAUCAUCAAGCAUGUGGUGCACGGUUCGGAGCGGAAUCGAACCUACCAGGAACUGGUCAGGUUUGUGGAUAAAUUCGGUCCCAGGAUCGCCGGAUCGCAGAACCUCGAGAACUCCAUCGACUACAUGGUGAAACUGCUUUCGAGGCAAAGACUGCACGCUGUGCACACCGAGGAGGCUAUGGUACCCCACUGGGUGAGAGGAAACGAAUCCGCCUGGCUGCUCAAGCCACGCUUGCAGCGGCUCAACAUGCUCGGCCUCGGAGGCAGCAUCGGCACACCGCCGGAGGGCAUCGAGGCUCCUGUCCUGGUGGUCAGAUCCUUCGACCAACUCCGUGCCAACGCCUCUAAGGCCAAGGGAAAGAUCGUGGUGUUCAACGCGGACUUCAGCAACUACUCAACAACGGUCAAGUACCGGGUGGACGGGGCCGCGGAAGCGUACCAGGCGGGUGCUGUGGCCGCCCUAGUUCGAUCGGUGACCCCAUUCUCCAUCGCGAGUCCCCAUACGGGCUGGAUGACGUACCGAAAAAACACCGGACGGAUUCCUUCGGCCUGCAUAACCGUCGAAGACGCUGAGCUCCUUCAGAGGUUUCAGCAAAGCGGGGUGGAGUUAAGGAUUCGACUGGUCAUGAAUGCCAAGAACCUGCCUCCCGCGAGGUCUCGCAACACCAUCGCCGAACUGCGCGGUUCGACCAUUCCAGAUGAGGUCGGUGCUGGUCUGUUGCUGGUUCUCCGUCUUUUGCUUUACUGGUUUCUGAUCACGCGCCUCAAGCUCCGUACUGCAUGGGUAUUAAGUGUAUUAAAAAGUGUAGACUUUUUUUAUUUUGUUAAUUAUUUAGGUUAG